AUGGAAGGCAUAUCUAAGAAAAGCGCCGCUACAUCCAACCAGUUCCGCUUCCUCAUUGGCCCGGAAAAACGUGAAUAUACUAUACACUCUCACAUCGUUGCUGAACAAUCUGCUGCUCUAGAGACUACGGUGCAUGGAGAGUUCAGGGAAGCAAAUGAUGGCUUUGUCACCUGGGACGAUAUCGACGAGAGGACCUUCUUAAGCUUUUGGCAUCACGCCUACACCGGAGAUUAUGAUGACCCAGAACCUGUUGUUGAAGUGGGGGCAGAUUAUGACGCUCGCUCCAUCAAACAUCAAGGUGUUACAGAAGCAGAUAACCCCAACGAACACUCGAUCCAAGACAUACCUGCUGAGAGGCCUGGGUUUGAGUUUCAACCCGAGGAAGUCACAACUGCAGAACCCGAAGCUCCUUCCGAGUCAUUCUGGGGACAUUUGCCGGAGAAGAAAGCCAAAAGAAAAAGGAUACCAAAGCGGGAAAUGCUAUGGAAUGACUUUCAAAAGUCCUGGCGUGUAGACAUGUCCAUUUACGUUGAGAAAAGGACGCGCAGGGGUGGACCAGUAAAUCAUGCAGAUAUAUCUGUCCACCACUGCCGGGUCUACGUUCUGGCAGACCGCUACGACAUCACGCGACUGAUGAACGUUUCUUUCAACAAACUUCAUCACGCUCUCGUAGAGUACGACUUAUCUGAACAAAAGCUCAACGAUAUCGUGGAACUGUUGCGAUUCUGCUAUGCAGAAGCGGUGCCGGAGAAAUUAAGGCAGCUGGUAGUUCACUACGCUUCCUGUAAUGCUGAGAGUUUGUGGAAGAGUGAAGAGUUUCAAGAGCUUCUUGAGGAUUACGGCAAUCUGGGAAAGGCUCUUGUAAGAUCUCUGUUGCUGAGACUGGAUUGA